AUGGCGCUUGCCCCUGUGCUGCCCCCACCGCUGUCCACCCCGCCGUCCACCCUGCUGGGGUCUCGGCCAGGGAAGGGGGGGCUGCAGGUGCUCCCCGGGUUGCCCCCAGAUGCUCCCCAGGUUGUCCCCAGGUGGCCCCUAGAUGCUCCCCAGUUGCUCCCCAGGCCCCCUCCUCAGUGGCGGCCAGCCCGCUCCUGGAAGCCCCCGGAUCCCAACGUCUUCCUGGGCGGACUGGGGUUCGAGGGCGGGCGGGCGGGCCGGGGGCUUCGUGGGUCUCGGGAUGACCCGACCCCCCCCCGCCCCGCCCCGGUCCUGCGGCGGUCGGCAGGCCUGUCCGAGUGCUUCCAGGUGAAUGGCGCUGACUACCGAGGCCACCAGAACCACACGGGCCCGCGCGGGGCCGGCCGCCCGUGCCUCUUCUGGGACCAGACGCAGCAGCACAGCUACAGCAGCGCCAGCGACCCGCAGGGCCGCUGGGGGCUGGGCGCGCACAACUUCUGCCGGAACCCGGACGGUGACGUCCAGCCGUGGUGCUACGUGGCCGAGACGGAAGAGGGCAUCUACUGGCGCUACUGCGACAUCCCCACGUGCCACAUGCCCGGGUACCUGGGCUGCUUCGUGGACUCGGGGGCGCCCCCAGCCCUCAGUGGGCCCAGCGGCACCUCCACGAAGCUCACGGUUCCGGUGUGCCUUCGCUUCUGCCGCAUGAAGGGCUACCAGCUGGCGGGUGUGGAGGCUGGUUACGCCUGCUUCUGCGGCUCUGAAGGCGACCUGGCUCGGGGACGCCCGGCCCCCGCCACCGACUGUGACCAGAUCUGUUUCGGACACCCAGGCCAGCUGUGCGGCGGCGAUGGGCGGCUGGGCAUCUACGAAGUGUCCGUGGGCUCCUGCCAGGGAAACUGGACCGCUCCUCAGGGGGUCGUCUACUCCCCGGACUUCCCGGACGAGUACGGGCCGGAUCGGAACUGCAGCUGGCUGCUGCGCCCGGCGGGGGCCGCGCUCGAGCUCACUUUCCGCCUCUUCGAGUUGGCCGACCCGCGGGACCGCCUGGAGCUGCGCGACGCGGGCUCCGGCAGCCUGCUCCGCGCCUUCGACGGCGCCCCUCGGGUCUCCUCGACGGUCAUGGCCAUCUCCGUGCUGCUGCUGCUGCUCCUGUCGCUGCUGCGUUUGCUGCGCCGACGGAGCUGUCUGCUGGCUCCGGGAAAGGGGCCCCUGGCCCUGGGGCCCUCCCGGGGGCCCGGGAGAAGCUGGGCUGUGUGGUAUCGCCGGCCCCGAGGGGUGGCCCUGCCCUGUCCCCCCGGGGACCCCCAGGCGGAGGGUCCCGCCGCGGGCUACCGGCCCCUGAGCGCCUCCAGCCAGAGCUCCUUGCGCUCGCUCAUCUCCGCCCUCUGACCCGGGACCCCGGGGUCCGUCGGACCUUCCACCAUCACCGAGAUGGACAUCUGAGACUUGAUGCCACAGCCUACCUCGGCCUUCUCCUCUGAAGGCAGCGCGGCCUGUGGAGACCUCGGACGGGAAGCUUUCGGUGCCGUCGUGGGAACCUGGCCUAACCCUAGAGGUCCAAGGGGUUGGAGGCCAAAGGGCAGGAGGACCCUAAGCGCCUCCCCCAACAAUGGACCUCGAAGUAGGGGUGGGCUUCUGGGUUCAGAGGUCACUGAGCCCCUCCCGAGUUGGUUCUGGACUACUGUCUCCAAUUAGAGGU